UAUAGUGAGGACCGUGGUCAGAUACAUGCAGCUUAGAGGCUCCAAAUUUCUGGGUAAAUGAUGUAUCCACAGUUGUUCUACCUAUGAAGUCGUUGACAGGAACCUGCUGGGAUCAUCGCACAAAGAGUCUUCGUUUUGAAACCACGAAUCCCUGGGAUAUAAUUGUGCGCUGCUCCCCUCACAUUUUUGUCUUCUUUUCUUGGAAGCAUUAUGAAGACGUUGUAUGUGAUACUGUACGUCGGCCUUUUGUGGCUUCGAUGGAUGGCCUCCAGUUUACCCGGAUAUGUGCAUCCGGACGAAUACUGUCAGUCACCUGAAAUCACGGCUGGAUCCGUCUUCAACAUUGAAACAUUCACACCAUGGGAGUACCAACCACAACAUGCAGCACGUUCCAUAGUCAUACCAUACCUAGUGACAGGCAUUCCAUUCUGCCUUUUGCGCUUUAUCGAAGCAGUAACUGGCACAUGGCACGAAGUGCCUGAAACCCUGGUGAUCUUUCUCGUCCAGCGCACCGCUUGUUUUCUUUUUUCCAUCCUUAUCGAUUACAGCGUUAUUAGCGUAUGCCGCUAUCUCAAGCAAGGCAUUGUUUUGCCUCUGUUUCUCGUCGCUACAAGCCAAGUGAUGCUUGUUUAUUACAUUCGUCCAUUUUCCAAUUCUGCAGAGGCCAUUAUCCUUGGUCUCAGCCUUGUCGUUUACACCAAACUUUGGCAAAAGGUGACAGCUUGAUGCAUAUUCCCAAAUUAUUCUCGACUCAUUUUUUCACUGUUUUUCGUUUCCGA